CGGGGAGGAAACUCAACUCUCCCGAAAUCCACCCCUCCUCCCUUCCCUCCUCUCCCUCCCCCCCCCCAGCCCCUUGGCCAAUUUGGGCAUCGGCGUGCCUGGUCAGUCCCCUCUCAAACCAGCUCAUGUGACCCAGGGCUGGCUAUAAAUAGCCAAGGAACCGUGGACAAAGACAGAAUCCCAGAGUCUGAGAAGAGCUCAGAGGAAAGGAGGUCGGUGUUCGGCAAGACAAGGGUCUUCAGCUCUUUGGGCCAGCGAGUGAUCUGGAAGCCAGAAGCAGAAUGGAUUAUAAGUCAGGUCUGAUCCAUGACUCGAACCCCAUGGAAAACCUGGAGAAGCAGCUGAUCUGCCCCAUCUGCCUGGAGAUGUUCACCAAGCCCGUGGUCAUCCUGCCCUGCCAGCACAACCUGUGCCGAAAAUGUGCCAACGAUAUCUUUCAGGCAGCCAACCCCUACUGGUCCAACCGGGGUGGCUCCAUCUCAGGAGGCCGUUUCCGAUGUCCUUCCUGCCGCCAUGAGGUGAUCAUGGACAGGCACGGGGUAUAUGGGCUUCAGAGGAACCUGCUGGUGGAGAAUAUCAUUGACAUCUAUAAACAGGAGUGUUCAAGCCGGCCCCUGCAGAAGGGUACCCACCCCAUGUGUAAGGAGCACGAGGAUGAGAAGAUCAACAUUUAUUGCCUGACCUGCGAGGUGCCCACCUGCUCAAUGUGCAAGGUGUUUGGGGCCCACAAGGCCUGCGAGGUGGCCCCCCUGCAGAAUGUCUUCCAAGGCCAGAAGACCGAGCUGAGCAACUGCAUCUCCAUGCUGGUAGCUGGGAACGACAGAGUACAGACGAUCAUCACCCAGCUGGAAGACUCCUGUAGAGUUACCAAGGAGAAUAGCCACCAAGUAAAGGAGGAACUGAGCCAAAAGUUUGAUGUUCUGUAUGCCAUCUUAGAUGAGAAGAAGAGUGAGUUGCUACAGAGAAUCACCCGGGAGCAAGAGGAGAAGAUCAGUUUCAUUGAGGCCCUGAUACAGCAAUACCGGGAGCAGCUGGAAAAGGCCACCAAACUGGUGGAGACAGCCAUCCAAUCCAUGGAUGAGCCAGGAGGAGCCGCCUUCCUCAUGAAUGCCAAGCCACUGAUCAAAGCCAUCGUGGAAGCAUCCAAGGGCUGCCACCUGGGCAAGACAGAACAAGGGUUUGAGAACAUGGAUUAUUUCACCUUGGACCUGGAACACAUAGCAGACACCUUGAAAGCAAUUGACUUCGUGUCAGAUGAGGAAGAAGAAGAGUUCAUUGAGGCAGAGGGGAAUGAGGAGGAUGAAGAGGAAGAAGAUCCCUCUGGAGGGGAAGGUGGCAGGAGUACAGGAAGGAGGCAGGAAGAAGAAGAAGCCCUACAAUGAGAAAACUCCCAAGAGAGCAACAGGGAAGAAAAGAGGCCUCUCCAGGAGGAGUCUCUGUGACAAACCCCAGGCUUAAAGGGAUGGAAGAUCUGUCUCUGCCAGGUUGCAGAGACUGGAUACACCCCAUGGCCUAACAAGUGGCCACUCAACCAGGCUUAGAGACUUGUUGAAACAAAAAACACAGGACACUUUUCUACGUUGGUGCAAAAUGAAAUGUUUUGUACAAUUUUUUUUAAUGUUCUUUUUCUUUUUGUAUAUAACUGUAAAUGUCUAUGGAUCUGGUGCUUUCCAGAAAAAGACUUUGCACAUUGUGCAGGGGAGGGAAAUCAUUGUGUGGAAUGGGUAGAAGUGGUCAGAGAUGCUGAGGGAUUGGGUACUUGGCAGCUGGCCGGGCCCCUCUCCACACCACUUUCUGGGCCUAGAAAGAGUGUACUGUAUUUAAUGCAUAUUCCUGUCACACAGGGUACUUACUGACUGAAUUUAUGUUGCACAUUGUUCAAAUAAAGGCACAAUUCUAUUAGAUGUUCCUAAAAUGGA